AUGACCAUUUUCGACUUGAAACGCUACAAUUUCAUCAAAAGCCACAAGUGCUAUGGGUUGGUGAUUUUCGCUGGCAAAGACACGAAGCUCAUGAUGAACUCGGGAAAAUCGAAAUUCAAGCGUACUAGUCUCGAUCGAUUUCUGAACAUUCUGAUCAUGGGACGAUGUGUAUUGAUUUGUACGAUCUUGUGUGGUGUGUGGGAAUGGACUACUGGACGGUGGUUCACCAUCUAUUUGCCAUGGGACGAGAGCGUACCAAAUAGGCAGCAGCAUGGUUCACAACAGAUCGCCGUCAUCUCUUUUCUAGACUGUUAUCGUUUUCCUUAUGUGCAUUUUGUUGCCAACACCGUUGGCGUACCUAUAUCGUUAUACGUCAGCGUGGAAAUCAUCCGUUUCAUCCAUUCGCUAUGGAUCAACUACGAUCAGGAGAUGUACUAUGAGAAUGGCGAGAACAGCGUGCCGGCACGAGCACAUACCACCACAUUGAAUGAAGAGCUGGGCCAGGUGCAGUACGUGUUCAGCGAUAAAACUGGGACACUCACCAGGAACAUCAUGACAUUCAACAAGUGCACCAUCAACGGCAUUUGCUAUGGCAACGUCGUUGACGCUCGUGGGGAACAGAUCGAAAUCACACCGCAAACAAAGCCGAUCGAUUUCUCAUGGAAUCCGCAUUACGAGACAGCGUUCAUGUUUUACGACAAGAAGUUGCUGGAUGAUACGAAGAGGGGCGUACCCGAGGUAACAGAAUUCUGGCGACUACUCGCUCUGUGUCAUACGGUAAUGCCUGAACGCGACAAGGGUCAGCUCGUCUAUCAGGCUCAAUCACCGGACGAAGCUGCUUUGACAUCGGCUGCUCGCAACUUCGGUUUCGUCUUUCGAGGUCGAACUCCACAAUCGAUCACCAUUGAAGUGAUGGGCAAGGAAGAGGUAUACGAAUUGUUGUGCAUUCUGGAUUUCAACAAUGACCGUAAACGUAUGUCGGUCAUUACGAGAAAUUCGCAGGGUAAAAUACGUCUCUACUGCAAAGGAGCUGACAUGAUGAUCAUGCAGAGGUUGAAGCAAUCGACAUCACCGCUAUUGGUGAGUUCCACCAACACCCAUCUGGCCGAAUUCGCCAACAUCGGUCUCCGUACACUCUGCUUGGCCUACAAAGACAUCGAGCCGGCUUAUUUCGAGGACUGGAUUAAUCGCCAACAUGAAGCAGCCGUUGAUAUGUACAAUCGUGAGAAGAAGCUCGAAGCUGUGUAUGAGGAAAUGGAGAAAGAUAUGACUUUGAUUGGCGGGACAGCAAUCGAGGACAAACUCCAGGACGGCGUGCCAGAGGCAAUAGCCCGAUUAGCUGAAGCAAAUAUCAAAAUAUGGGUACUCACUGGCGAUAAGACGGAGACCGCAAUCAACAUCGCCUAUUCGUGCCGUCUUUUGACAGACGACAUGAAGGAGAUCGUCGUCAUCGAUGGCCAGACUCAAUCCGAGGUGGAAGUCCAGCUGAAAGACACCAAGAACACCUUCGAUCGUAUUAUGAACCACGCGCGACGACCGCGUCAAUACCUAAGGGAUAGGACCGUAGAUGAGUACAUACGAAACAUUAUCGCUGUACUUGAGGAAGGCGAAACGCAGAAUGGCAUGCUGGAGGCAGAGAAGCCCCGUUUUGAGAUUGAAACCAUUCACGGAGAUGGCCAGGCCUCCACGAUGACCUAUGGAGGUGAGUUCGUUAGAAAUGAGAGUGCCAUGAACUCAUUUGAUGAGGAUGGUCUUUCAGUAGCAAACGCUUAUGACUCGUCCCCAUCAGCGAAAGGAGGUGACGGCGGAGUGGCUUUGGUGAUCAAUGGCGAUUCGCUUGCUUUCGCUCUGGACGAACGUCUUGAACGACUCUUCCUCGAGAUCGCAACCAUGUGUGGUGGUGAGUACUCUAAGUCUUGUACCGGAAAAAAUCAGGCAGAUGAUAUGACUUUGAUUGGCGGGACAGCAAUCGAGGACAAACUCCAAGAUGGCGUGCCAGAGGCAAUAGCCCGAUUAGCUGAAGCAAAUAUCAAAAUCUGGGUACUCACUGGCGAUAAGACGGAGACCGCAAUCAACAUCGCCUAUUCGUGCCGUCUUUUGACAGACGACAUGAAGGAGAUCGUCGUCAUCGAUGGCCAGACUCAAUCCGAGGUGGAAGUCCAGCUGAAAGACACCAAGAACACCUUCGAUCGUAUUAUGAACCACGCGCAGAAUGGCAUGCUGGAGGCAGAGAAGCCCCGUUUUGAGAUUGAAACCAUUCACGGAGAUGGCCAGGCCUCCACGAUGACCUAUGGAGGUGAGUUCGUUAGAAAUGAGAGUGCCAUGAACUCAUUUGAUGAGGAUGGUCUUUCAGUAGCAAACGCUUAUGACUCGUCCCCAUCAGCGAAAGGAGGUGACGGCGGAGUGGCUUUGGUGAUCAAUGGCGAUUCGCUUGCUUUCGCUCUGGACGAACGUCUUGAACGACUCUUCCUCGAGAUCGCAACCAUGUGUGUGGUGAGUGCUCUAAGUCUUGUCCCGGAAAAAUCAGGCAGAUGGUAG